GACAGAACUCGGCCCGGCGUGAAUUACCACCCAACUUUUCUUUGUGGUAAAUUUGAAGCUAGGGUCUGGGGAAACUUGUGGACGAAUCGGAUUCAUUUCUAUAAACUUCUCUUAUCUUCGCCUCGCCUCUCUAAGCAAAAAGCUUUUGGGCAACUGUAAAAUAGCUGGUUUUUUCUUAGGCACAACAGAGGGAGAAGAAGAAACCAUGCCAAAGAACAAGGGAAAGGGAGGAAAGAAUAGGAAGAGAGGAAAGAAUGAAGCGGAUGAUGAGAAGCGUGAACUUGUAUUCAAGGAAGAUGGGCAAGAGUAUGCCCAAGUGCUUCGCAUGCUAGGCAAUGGCCGAUGUGAAGCCAUGUGCAUUGAUGGCACUAAGCGCCUUUGCCAUAUCCGUGGAAAGAUGCACAAGAAGGUUUGGAUUGCUGCUGGUGAUAUAAUUCUUGUUGGGCUUCGUGACUAUCAGGAUGACAAGGCUGACGUGAUCCUAAAGUACAUGCCCGAUGAAGCAAGGCUCUUGAAAGCAUAUGGCGAGCUUCCAGAGAACACUCGUCUCAAUGAAGGCAUUAUUGAUGAGGAGGAUGAAGGAGGUGGUGAUGACUAUAUUGAGUUUGAAGAUGAAGAUAUUGAUAAGAUAUAGGGUUUUGGAAUUGCUUCUGCUUGAAUGGGAUGUUUAAAUGUUAGAAGAGAGAUAUGGUUUGCUUAUAGUGAAUGCUGUUAAGAAGCCUAAAGUAUGGGAUUGCUCACAUAAGGUGUAUGUUUAGAUUUGUAAGUGGUGAAUGUGUCAUUAAUAGAUGUGUAGUUAAUUUACUUUCGUAGAGAUGAUAAACGGAAUUGAAGCUUAUUAUGGGCAUUUCGGCGCUGUGAUUGAUACAGAUGAUAUAUGCUUUAAAUUUGCAUUUGAAA